AUGACCGGAGUGUUUGACAGCCUGGUGUCAGACAUGCACAGCACCCAGAUGACCUCCAACAGUUAUCACAGUCUGCACAAGUCCCAGGAGUCCCCGACCCUGCCCGUCUCCACCGCCACCGACAGCAGCUACUACACCAACCAGCAGCAGCAGCACUGCGGAGGGGGCUCCCCCUAUGGACAGCUCGGAUCCUACCCCUUCCACACUACCGCCAUCAACGGGAUCUCCUACUCCGCCAAAUCCUACGACCUGGCCUACAACGGCUCCUACAGCUCCUAUGGACCCUACGGAGCAAGCCCUUCCCCUACACACAACGAACAAGAGAAGGAGGAGUGCGAACCCGAGGUCAGGAUAGUCAACGGGAAGCCCAAGAAAGUCCGCAAACCCAGAACCAUCUACUCCAGCUUCCAGCUGGCCGCCCUGCAGAGGAGGUUCCAGAAAACCCAGUACCUGGCCCUGCCCGAGAGAGCUGAGCUGGCAGCAUCGCUGGGCCUGACCCAAACACAGGUGAAGAUCUGGUUCCAGAACCGGCGCUCCAAGUUUAAGAAGAUGUGGAAGAGCGGAGAGUUGCCCAGCGAUCAGCUCCCGACUGGCAGCGAAUCUCCCGGUUGUCACUCCCCGCCCUCCUCUGCAGUGACAUGGGACUUCGGAACUCAUCAGAGGUUACAGGGGCCCAGCGGUGGCCCGACCAUCCAGCCCCCCAGCUCCGGCUCCAGCCCCAGUGCCUUUCUAGGCAACUACACCUGGUACCAAUCGUCCAACCCCGUCACACACCUCCAGUCCAGCCCGAUCCUUCAGCAGCCUCAGCAUCACCUCCAUCACCACAGCAGUCCGGCGGUGACAGCAGGGACUAUCUUCUAG